AUGAAGCUCUACAACUCAUCUCCUCGUACUUCUCCUUCAGGUUUUACGCACGGCAGUCCUCCCGCUUCUCCUCCGUACUCCUACACCAAAAACACGGUUCAGGUCAAACACAAGGCUCCCAAAAACAGGCUUCUUCUUUCCGGGGUUUUCCUGUUGUGUUUCCCUCCUCCUCCUCCUCUUCCUCUCUCCGUCCCGCUCUCUCCUACUGCAAAAGUGGAGCAGUGGAUUGGUUUACUACGAAGAGGAGAAGGAGAGGAAGAGCCGGCUGUAGUGCUGGGCGGAGAUUAG